AUGACCUUCUCGUACGACAAAGAUGUUGGUGUGGGACUGAAGAUGAUGAAAAGCUUCGCAAGCAAAAUGGGUGUACCCCUAAACUUCGAGGGAAUCCCGGCCGGUGAUGUCGAGACACGGCGAGCACAGUUCUGGAAGAUGGUGGCUAUAAUGCCGGCAUCUAAGCCAUCUGUUCUUGAAAAUAUUGAGAUCAGGGACUCUACUAAGAAGGAAGGAGAGGAACAACCUGCACCAGGGCCAGCGGUUUAUCACGUUCACGGAGGUGGACUGAUUCUCGGGAAUAUCGAUCUCUCAGCACCACCCGUGAUACGCGAGGUCCUCGCGACAUCAGUCCCGGUUCUCACAGCAGAUUACAGCCUCGCACCCGAGAAACCCCCAUCUAACCCCGGUAAACGACGUUGA